GCAUUUGUUCGUGGUUACCAGUUGAAUUUAUUCUUAGUCGCCAAGCAUUCCUUCUUAGUUACCACAGUUCCUGCAUUGCUAUUUCUUUUCUUUUCUUCCAUUUUUGUGAAUUCAUUUCUGUGUUGAAAGAUGGCGGAGUGUGAGAACGAUUACUACGACUCCUAUUACAGCGAAAGGCUUGAUCACGAUCAUGCAAACAAGAAGAAAAACAAGUUCAUCAUCUUGACUGAAGAAGAUGUUGGAUCUAGAAUGGACGACGAUAUCUUGCAAGUUUCAUCUGUUCUCUCAGUUUCCAGAGAAGCAGCAACGAUUCUCUUGUACCGUUAUAAUUGGGAUGUUACCGACGUUGUUCAAGAAUGGUUUGAGAAUCAAGAAGGUGUCCGCAGCGCCUCUGGACUUUUCAGAGAGAAACCUGGACCGAUGGAUGUCGAAGACGGAGACGAAGAAUUCGUCUGUCGGAUUUGCUGGAAGGAGCACCCCAUUGCCCUCGUUGUUGUGGCGUCUGCUGCUUGUGGUCACGUCUUUUGCAAGAACUGCUGGAAAGAAUUUAUCAGUAAAUCAAUCAAUGAGGGCUACGUUAAAGAUGGAGGGUGUUUGAUGCUGAGAUGUCCUCAGGACUCUUGUGGGGCUGCGGUUGGCGGAAACAUCAUUCGUUCUCUGGCCUCUGAUGGAGAUAAGAACAAGUAUGACAAGUUUCUUGCUCGAUCUUAUGUUGAAAGUCGUGCAAACUUGAAACUCUGUCCUACCCCUGGGUGUAAUUGUGCGGUUGAACUUGAUAACAGGGGUCCGGAUAGAUUAAGCAAGAAUUUUGACGUUUCUUGCAAUUGUAUGUAUGGGUUUUGCUGGAAUUGUCUGGGGGAAGCUCAUAGUCCGGUUGAUUGUGAAACUGUGGCCCUGUGGGCGGUUAAAAACAGUUCUGAUUUGGAGACUAAAAAUUGGUUGUUGGCUAAUACUAAGCCUUGUCCAAAAUGCCAGAGGCGGAUUGAGAAUGUUGGGGAUAUUGAUAAUGGCGAUUGGUACAUGACCUGUGCACCGCCUUGUGGUUGUGAUUUGCGCAAUGGUGAAGAAACUUUGGCCUGUAACACUUAUGAGAAGGCAAAGAAUGAGGGUGUUUAUGAUGAAGUAGAGAAGACGAGGCGGAGGGCUAAAGCUUCGUGGGAUUACUUCGAAAGAUGGUAUAAUAACCAUCUCUCUUUGGAAAGAGCCUUUCUUGAUCUGCACCUGAUGAAGAACCAGAAUCUUGAGAUGCUGAGUAAAAUCCAUGGCCUGGAAGCGACUCAGUUCUGGUUCAUUGUUGAUGCUUGGGUUCAGAUUGUGGAAUGUACGAGGGUCCUCAAAUGGGCUUCUGUCUAUGGCUAUUACUUGCAACAGUACGAGCACAAGAAAAAGGAGCUUUUCGACUACUUGCUCAGCAAAGCAGAGGGUGUUUAUGAAAUACUUCAUCAAUGUGCAAACAAGGGACUGUCCAAGUGCCUUGAAGCAGAAUGUUCUUUGGACACCUUCCUUGAUUUUCGCACCAAGUUGCCUGCGCUGACUCGUGUGACUAGAAAAUACUUUGCUGACUUGGUUACAGCAUUAGAGAAUGGUAUUGCAGAACUGGCUUCAUCUUCCCACACAAUCAAGCAAAAAUAAGAUUGAGAUUCGAUACAAGUUGCAGCAAUGCCAAAAAUUUCUUACAUGUUUGCGACUCUUUCCUUUUUCGGCUCUUAGUUACUAGUCCAAAUAUGUAGUUUCGACUUUCAGAUUCUACAAUGUGUCAGUUGAGUAUUCAAGUUUCUGUGACCAGAAAAGGCCUCUGAUUUGGUAGUGUAUUCUACAAUGGUUGUUCUUUUGAGAAAAUAAUUUGUUUACUUUUUUUUGC